CAAGGCUCUCCAAGAGCCGCGCCUCAGGGCAAAGAUGAAUUCAGCGCCAUUGAGACCGUGGUCGCAGCCGCCGCAGCCUCUUCUCAUCGACCCUCCCACCUCACCUUCAGUCGGCUUUUCGAACUCCCUCCGGGUUCUAAGCGCCUCGAUUAGUUAGAUCGCAGCUCGCAGCAGAACAGCAACACACCGCCGCGAGGCUUAAAGGCCCGCAGAGGGGGAAGCGAACACCCCCGCCGUCAUUCUUUUUUUUCCUUCUUUGAGACAGAGUCUCACUCGGUCGCCCAGGCUGAGUGCAGUGGCGCGAUCAUGGCUCACUGCAGCCUCGACCUACCGAGCUCAAGCGACUCUCCCGCCUCAGCCUCAGGCGUAGCUGGGAGUAGCUAGGACUACUGGAGCGCGCCACCACGCCCGGCUAAUUUCUUUUUUAUUUCUUUUUUAUUUUUUUGUAGAGACAGGGGUGGUCUAUGUUGUCCAGGCUGGCCUUGAGCUGGACGCAACAGAUCUUCCCGCCUCAACCUCCGAAAGUGCUGGGAUUAAAGGUAUGAGCAGCCGCGUACGGCCCCCGCAGCCAUUCUAGCUAGCUGUACCAAUAGCAACCGGCAGCUGCUCUCCGCUUUCGCUCCGCCCCUUCUGCUAGCGAUCUGUUUCCACUUCCGGUCCCGCAGUUCCGGCUCUGCCGUGAAGAGCUUUGCAUUGUGGGAAGUCUUUCCUUUCUCGUUCCCCGGCCAUCUUAGCGGCUGCUGUUGGUUGGGGGCCGUCCCGCACCUAAGGCAGGAAGAUGGUGGCCGCAAAGAAGACGAAAAAGUCGCUGGAGUCGAUCAACUCUAGGCUCCAACUCGUUAUGAAAAGUGGGAAGUACGUCCUGGGGUACAAGCAGACUCUGAAGAUGAUCAGACAAGGCAAAGCGAAAUUGGUCAUUCUUGCUAACAACUGCCCAGCUUUGAGGAAAUCUGAAAUAGAGUACUAUGCUAUGUUGGCUAAAACUGGUGUCCAUCACUACAGUGGCAAUAAUAUUGAACUGGGCACAGCAUGCGGAAAAUACUACAGAGUGUGCACACUGGCUAUCAUUGAUCCAGGUGACUCUGACAUCAUUAGAAGCAUGCCAGAACAGACUGGUGAAAAGUAAACCUUUUCACCUACAAAAUUUCACCUGCAAACCUUAAACCUGCAAAAUUUUCCUGUAAUAAAAUUUCCUUGUUUUAAAAA